GUACAUCCAUGUAAUUACUGCCCUCUAGAGGCCAUUUUUGAAAAAGCAACGUGAUGACGUUUCACCUGAGACGCAGCUUACGCAGUUUGCAACAACCAUGCGCCAGUUUAAGCGUUGUUGUGGUCGUCUGUGUGAUAAGUUAGCGUUUUACCGAGUAGUUAAUGACAGUGAGGCGACUCUCUGCUAAAGUUUGAGUUUACAAAGUGACGGAGGAGGAGCGGAGGUCGGCGGUGAGUGUAGCGUCUGAGCGGACUCUCUUCCUCCUUCUGUCUAACGGCUGUGAGUGUGACGCGACAGGAGGACUGCCAUGUAGUUGAGGCAGAAGAAUGAGCAGUCAGCAGCCCACUCCAACAGAAGGGACAGACGACCACACGGUCCAGCAGGAAAAUGAGCUAGAAGCUCUCGCGUCCAUCUUUGGAGAUGAUUUCCAGGAUCUACGGAACAAGGAUCCAUGGAAGGUUAAAAGGCCUCCAGAGGUGCACCUCUGCCUGCGGCCCAACGGGCUGAACACUGGUGAGGAAUGCUACGUGACUGUGGACUUGCAGGUCAAAUGCCCACGUACAUACCCAGACGUGCCUCCGGAGCUGGAGCUAAAGAAUGCCAAAGGUCUAUCAAAUGAAAACCUCCAGCACCUUCAGAGUGAACUCACCAAGCUAGCAGCAAUACGAUGUGGGGAGGUGAUGAUAUACGAGCUGGCAGUCUAUAUCCAGGGCUUCCUGAGUGAGCACAACAAGCCUCCAUCACGCUCCUUCCAUGAGGAGAUGCUGAAGAACCAGCGGAGACAGCAGGAGAAACGAGCCCAGGAGGAGCAGCAGAGGAUGGACCAGCGGCGCAAGCAGGAGGAGGAGAUGGAAAAACAGAUUAUGGCUGAAAUUCAAAGAAGAGAGGAGGAGAAACGAGAGGAAAAGAGAAGAAAGGAGAUCGCCAAACAGGAGCGACUUGAGAGUAUGGGGCAGCCAGUCCCUGCUAACUCCUCCCUGUUAGGGAAGAGCCCACCCAGCCCGGGUGGAACUGCUUCUGAACUGAUAGAAGCCAAGAAAGCAGUCGGUAACCGUCGGCGGACUACCUCAAAUACACGCCACAGGCGUGAAACAGUUAAUGAAGACAACCAUCGCUUGCAAGAGCUUCUUCACUUCAACAGCAGCACUUUUGGAGAACUUGUUGUCCACAGAGGGAAACGCUUAGGUGUAAGCGAGAGGCUCGGCCGGAACGUUUAUUAUGGAUUUGAGGCACACUCAGGAGACUUUACUGUGAUCUAUGAGUGGUCGCUGCGCUGGAACAAGAAGAUGGGCAAGUUCUUCACCACCCAGGAGAAAGGAAAGAUUGAGAACUGCAAAAAGCAGAUCCACGGGGCAGAACAUGAGUUAAACUCCCUCCUGCGGCUGGAUCACCCAAACCUGGUGCACUACAUGGCGCUGAGCUCCACUGAGAAGGAGGACUGCCUCGCGGUUAACCUGCUGGUGGAGCAUGUGGCCGGCAUCAACUUGAACCAAAGCCUAAUCACCCACAGCCCGGUCCCUCUGGAUAAACUGUGCCAUUACACCUCUCAGCUGCUGGCUGCUCUCGACUACCUUCACUCCAACUCUGUGGUCCACAAACAGAUGGGGGCCUCCAGCGUGCUGGUGGACUCGGAGGGCAAUGUUCGAUUGACUGAUUACAGCUUAUCAAAGAGGUUCGCUGAUAUCUUCAAAGAAGACGUUUUUGAGCAAGCCCACGUGCGUUUCUCAGAGGACACAGCGAUGCCAACGAAAACGGGCAAAAAAGGGGAUGUGUGGAACUUGGGGCUGAUGCUGCUGGCUCUGAGUCAGGGGAAGGAGGUGAAGGAGUAUCCAGUGACAGUGCCAGCCAGCCUGCCUGCUGACUUCCAGGAUUUCCUCCACAAGUGUCUGUGCCUGAAUGAUGCUGAACGCUGGACAACCCAGCAGCUUUUGGACCACUCUUUCCUCAAGCCUCCAUCACCUAAAAACCUGCCACAGUACCAUGAUGCCAGCCCAGAAGAUCUCGCAGUGGACUUUCCAUCACCAGUCAUCCCACAGAGCCACAUCCUCAAUGCUCCAUUCAGCACCGGGGUGCAGAGGCAGUUUUCUCGCUACUUCAAUGAGUUUGAGGAACUCCAGCUUCUUGGAAAGGGAGCCUUUGGUGCUGUAAUUAAGGUUCAGAAUAAACUAGACGGUUGCUACUACGCCGUGAAGCGCAUCCAGGUCAACCCAGCCAGUAAACAGUUCAGACGGAUCAAAGGCGAGGUGACACUGCUCUCACGCCUUAACCAUGAGAAUAUCGUCCGCUACUACAAUGCGUGGAUCGAGCGGCAUGAGACGUCCUCGGCAGGGGUGCUGAGCAACACUGACAGCUCUGAGCCUUGGAGCUCCGCCGACAAGCCUCCUCAGUGCAAAGAGCCUCUGCAGCGCCUCAAUGAGCUGGGCCUCCCUGAUGACGUGGAGGACAUUGCACCGCCUCCGGCCCUGUCAAGCUCGGUGGAGUGGUCCACCUCCAUCGAGAGAUCCUCCAGCACCAAACUCAGCAGACACCAGUCAAGUGAUGAGGAGGACGACGAUGAUGAUGACGACGAAGAAGAUGUGUUUGGUGCUUCUUUUUUGCCAUCCGAUAGUGACUCAAGAAGUGACAUCAUCUUUGACAAUGGUGAUGAAAGCACAGACGAGAUCUCACUGGUUGAGCCAAACAAAAGGCCAGUGAUCAACACAACGGAGAGCACAGACUCAGACCAACCUCUCCUUAUAGCACAUCGCUUGUACAUACAAAUGGAAUACUGUGAAAAGAGCACUUUAAGGGACACAAUAGAUCAAGGCCUGCACCAGGACCAGAAUCGGUUAUGGAGACUCUUCAGGGAAAUACUGGAUGGCCUUGCUUACAUUCACCAGCAGGGCAUGAUUCACAGGGACUUGAAGCCUGUCAACAUCUUCCUUGACUCGCAGGACCACGUGAAGAUUGGAGACUUUGGCUUGGCUACAGACCAUCCCGCUAAUGUGGCUGCAGGUAAAUAUGAAGUGGAGGAGAGCAGCUCAGCAGUGAUGACCAAACCAGACCCAACAGGUAACAUGACCGGCAUGGUUGGUACUGCCCUCUACGUCAGUCCAGAGGUUCAAGGAAACACCAAAGCCACCUACAACCAAAAAGUGGACCUGUUUAGCCUGGGUAUCAUCCUUUUUGAGAUGUCCUACCGGCCCAUGACCACGGGGGCCGAGCGCAUCUCUGUCCUGAGCCAGUUACGUGUGGAGCCCAUCAUGUUCCCUGAGGACUUUACUGCAUAUGAGCAAGGAACACAGAGGAAAGUGAUUGAGUGGCUGUUGAACCACGACCCGGCACUGCGGCCCACUACGCAGGAGCUGCUGAAGAGCGAACUGCUUCCUCCACCACAGAUGGAGGAGUCAGAGCUGCAUGAGGUGCUGCAGCACACCAUGGCCAAUAUCAACGGCAAGGCAUACCGCACCAUGGUGGGCCAGCUAUUCGCCCAGAACACCUCUCCGGUCAUGGAUUACACCUAUGACAUAGACCUGCACAAGGGCAGCUUCAGCUUCAACACUACCAAAUUGCAGCAGUAUGUGCAUGAAACAAUCACCAGGAUCUUCAAGAAGCAUGGUGCGGUGCGUCUCCAGACACCGCUGCUCCUCCCCAGAAACAGGAAGUUGUAUGAUGGCAGCGAGCUGGCCUGCUUCAUGGACCACAGCGGAAUGCUGGUUACUCUGCCCUAUGACCUUCGCAUGGCCUUUGCAAGAUUCAUCGCUCGCAAUAAUAUAACACAUCUGAAGAGGUAUAGCAUCGAACGCGUAUUCCGGCCCAGGAAGCUGGAUCGCGCGCACCCAAGGGAGCUUCUGGAGUGUGCCUUUGACAUCAUCACACCUGUCACUAACAGCCUGCUUCCUGAUGCCGAGACCAUUUACACCAUCUCUGAAAUAGUCCAGGAAUUCCCUGUUCUUCAGGAAAGGAACUAUAACAUUUACCUGAACCACACCAGCUUGUUGAAGGCCAUCCUGCUCCACAGCGGAGUCCCUGAGGACAAACUGAGCCAGGCCUCCAACAUACUGUGUGACGCCAUGAGCGAAAAGCUGACCAAACGUGAGGUGGAGGCAAAGUUCUGCAACUUUUCACUGUCAACCAACACUUUGCAGACGCUGUACAAGUACAUAGAACAGAAGGGGGAUCUGGAGGACCUGGCACCCCUGCUGACAUCACUCACCAAACAGAAGACCGCCGUCACCCAGCUGGCCAAGCAGGGCCUCAAGGACCUGGAGGAGCUCACAGUGCUGCUGCGUAGACUGGGAGUUAAACUGCAGGUGGUGGUUAAUUUAGGCUUAGUCUACAAGGUGCAACAUCACUCUGGGGUCAUCUUCCAGUUUGUGGCUUUCAUCAGGAAACGCAAGCGGACUGUUCCGGAUAUAUUGGCCGCUGGAGGACGCUAUGACCACUUGAUCCUGGAGUUUCGAGGGCCAGCUUCCACAGUGCCGGUGCCCUCUGCAGUGGGGGCCAGUGUGGCCCUGGACAAAGUCUGUGCUGCCAUAGCCAACAUGGAGGAGCCACCAUCAGUGAGCUCUUGCGAUGUGCUGGUGGUCCCAGUGGGACAUUCUUCAAUGUCCAGAGCCAUCAAUGUUGUCCAGAAGCUGUGGAGCACCGGCGUCUCUGCAGACAUCGCCUAUGACGUCUCACAGGCCCUCUGGCCAGCAUCCUCAAGCCCCAACAGUGAAACAUGGGGAAAUCAUCAAGCCAGUGCAACAAGAAAUCUAGCGUCUCAGGAGACGUUGUUGGAGCACUGCAGGCUCGCCGGCAUCAACUGCAUUGCGCUGGUCUCUGACAAGGAGGGAAACUAUGUGAAGGUCAAAUCCUUUGAGAAGGACAGACAGUCUGAGAAGCGGAUUCCUGAGUUGGACUUGGUGGACCACAUCAUUCAGAAAUGUCGGACCAAAUUCUUUGAUGAAAGAAACAUCAAAGAAAUCUCUGAAUGCAUGUCUCUUCAGAACCCUAAAGGAUUACUGCUCAACACCACAGGUUCUUCAGAACAGCAUGGGAGCAGCGGCGUCAUGAACAUGAAUGUGAACGUCAUCAGCCCGGAAAAAGUUUCCAGCAGUGCUAGACGACGCUAUGAGACUCAGAUCCAAACCAGAUUACAGAAUCUUGGUAGCAAUUUGCAGAACAAGAGCAAUGACAUUGAGGUUCUGGCAGUAGACCUGCAGAAGGAAACGCUGGUCAACUUCCUGUCUCUGGAGUUUGAUAGCGAAGAGCUGUUCAACAGCAGCGUGAAGACUCUGCUGUCUCGUCUCCCCAAGCAGCGCUACCUAAAAUCCAUCUGCGAUGAGAUCCACCAUUUCAAAAUUACGAAAAGGGUGGCUGUGGUGGUCUUGUACAGCUACAAGGAUGACUACUACAAGAUCCUUCUCUGAAAACCAAGGGGUUCCACUGGCCUGGGAGAAGUCCCCAUUUGCUUGAGGCUCAGGCUCCCAGAGACUAUUUUCAUCCUGGGACCUACAGAAUCAGCUUGAAGAUCGACAGAUUCAUAUCUUUUCCGUUUGGAAAGCCAGAGCUGUGAAUAAGUUGUUUUUUGUUGUUUUUUUGUUUUUUUUUAAACCAUGUUGAAUGGUAAUUCAGCUAUUUGAUCCAAAAUCCAUAUCUUUCCCAAAACCUUCCAGUGUUUUUGUAGUCUCUCAGACAAUCGUGGACAAGAGGUUCACUGGACUUUAUUGCCUUAAUAGAACUAUAGAAGUUGAAAGAGAGAGGGCUUUUUACUUAAGAUUAGGUGUCAUGAAUGCAACAAUUUUGCAUUUCUAAUUAUGAACGGGAUGGAUGUAGGAAUAAAUCGCUUUUUUUCCCACA